GUUCUCUUGGAAUUCGUUUAUGCUUGUUUUUGUGGGUAAUAUAGUGGAUUAUUUCGACAACUCGACGGAUCUAAAUCUAGAUCUAGGGUUAGGUCAAGCAAUAGUAUUAGGGUUCAGUUAGGCUUUUUUCCCUCUUUUUCCUUCAUUUGGAUUUGAGGGCCUUAAAUCUUGAAUAGCUGUGUGUCCCGAACCCUAGAUUGUUAGGGUUUAUGCAGUCAGAUGGCAGGAAUUUUGUUGAGGUAAGAAGAUAGGUUAUCUGCUGUGAUAUGCUGUAUGUAUUUACGACUUUCUUUCAUCCUAUUGUUGGAGCUGGUUCUGUACUGAGGAAUUAUGGAUAUGAUUUUGAUGAUAUUUGGAAUUUUCCGGCUUAUAAUGCUUGAAGCCUUGUUGGACCUGCUGGAGAUGUUUGCUUUCCUGUUUUCAAUGAUAUGCAUCAGGUCAUGGUUCUUGAAUAAUGAUAUCAGUUGCUGUACCAAAAGCAAAAUUCAGACCAAAUUCCUAUCAGAAUUAAUCGACUGUGGGUUUGGUCUAAAGUAUGAAAUCAGGUUUUGUGCCUUGAAUUGGUGAGCCACUGUAUUAUAUGCCUGACUGGAAAAUAAAACUCAAAGAAAAAACUUGGACAAUAACCACAUAACUAUUUUGUCGGCUAAAUAUGGAUUAUUUGCUUGCUGUAAACAAUAGUAGACAUAGAGACCAUGGUUGCAAUAUGCUCAUUAAAGAUGGACAAUUGGGUGUUACUGAAAAAGCUCAUUAAUGAUGGAGCCUCAAUUUGCUGAAACCUUAUUUUUCUUUUGAAUUAGUUCGCAAACCACUGAAUGAACAGUAUUUUGUUUUUCAAUUGAAGCCCUAGCCUUGCUGUAUUUUGAUACAUUUUUUUAAUUGUUCAUAUCUUGUUAUAUAGAAUUUUGAUACUCGCUUUAUCAUCGACUAGUGCUUUAGUGUAUUACGUGCGUGGUAUGCUAUACCUGUCCGAACUGAGUAGUAUAAGGUGUACUGUAUCGUACUAGUUUGGUACCGAUAUCCGGUACAGACGGCGCACCGAUAUUCCGUAUGCCAAAAAAAAAUCCAUACCAUACUGUAUGAACCAACGUCUGCCGAACUAAGCCAAACCGCCCGGUUCAGGCAGUACCGAACCAACCUGGUGCGAAAUCGGACCGGUUCGCUAAUUAAAAUCAGUUCCGGCCCCUACGUGCCAGAAUCGCAAUGGCACUGACUGGUACCGGUCCUUUUUACGUCAGAACCGGCUAGAACCAUUUCGGCGGUUCCGACCGGUUCAAUUCUGACUCAGUCGGUUCGCACCAAGUUAAGGAGCAGUGUGGCAAUAAUCAUAUUAUUGCCAUAGCGCGGCCACUGUGGCAUUUUGUGGCAAUAAUGCCAUAGUGGCAUGUUGGGGGUUUUAAAAGCCCCUUCAACAGCAUUGGGAAGGCCCGAGAGGGCCUUCCUAACGGUGAGUCCACACAUAGCUAGAGAUUCUCCUUUCCAAAAAUCCAUAAACAACAUCAAUUCAAGCUAUCAGAAGGAAGAGUCAAGGCUAAAUAAGUUGCGCUUUCUCUCCAUUAUCUUAUUUCUUUCCUUUUUAGGGGGGCUUGAAAAAAUAACUCAAAAAUUGCAAAAUAAGAGGAGAUCAUGCCAAUUUUUUUAAUUUGGGCUUGAUUUUUUUAUAUGUUGUAGAUCAUGUCACAGGAGAUUCAGUCACCACAUGAUUCCUUGUCCGAGACAUCCUCUCGGAGAUCUGAUGAAGAGAUGCUUAGACGAGGUUACUACGCUAUCCGGUUGACUCGGUUAGGAGGGCGACAUAGCCAGACGGUGAGGGAUACGAAAGGUAAGAAGGCAGCUGUCUAGCACAUCGAAAAAUAAAAAUAAAAAGUACUUGCAGCACCAAUAGAGGUGUCGAGGAGUUCUGGAGCAGGUGGUCAUAGAUUUGCUAGCCAUGGAGAAAACGGAGGAUAGAAGACCGUUGUUUAUGAGAUACAGUCGCAGGGUGGUCUUUGUUACACCGGUGACUCUCAGUUUAUGCAUGCUGCACAGGAUAGGGACCGUGGUGCACAAUCUGGUAAAGCCCGCGAGGUUAUGAUUGCAUAUAGAAGGCAUGCUUCUCAAGGUCAUUUAGGAGGAUACGAUGCAGCUGCAGAUGACCUCGUACGUGGUGUAGGAUCCAUAGACGUAUCAAGUUUUGAGUCGUAUACUGGAUCAUAUUAUCCGCAGCCACAUGUAGUCUAUAACCUAUACAAAUAUGGAUAGGUGUAUCUGAUGCAUCUUUCGAUGGCUACUAUCUUAUGCAGUCCGUAAACAUCUUACGUGUCGGAUUUUGCUACCAACUUAUUCGGAUGGGCUCCUCCAUAGCCGUAUUAUCAACCAGAGAACACCUCUCAGAGCCAGAGCUUCAGCGAGCGAUUCGAAAGUGCUUAUAACUCAGCCUGCGUUUCUUCUGGGAUGAACGUACAAGACUACAAUGUUGCUUGGUUAGAAGGUGGGUUGAUGUGCCUUCGGACUAUACUUAUGAUCCGGAUAUCUACGAAGGUUAUCUUCACUCAAUCCCAUUUUAGAUAUCCAUGUGUAUAUUAUACUUUAAAUAUAUAUAAGUGAUUGUAUUAUUUUAUAUUUUUACGUCACUACUUGAAUCGAGGAUAUUUUAUGUUGUUCCUUGUGGCAUGCGACGUCUCACUAAAUAUUUUUUGAUUUGUAUAAUUUUCAAAUAAUAAAAUGCAUCAUUAGGUUAAAUCGGGAUCAUAGAAACAUCAAAAAAUAUCAAGAAAACACCAAAAAAAAUCAAAUUACACUUAAAAUUAUUAGAAAACUUCAAUGAUUUAGAUUAUCAAUUAAAUAUUCUUCAAAAGUUAAAAAAAAUGGGCGUGCGGGUACGGAACCGGCACGCUCUAGCAGUACUAAUUUUGGUUCGGUACCAAACCGAUACCGAACCGGACUGACCGCUGACUAGUACGGGUCUCGGUACUGAUUCGACGGUCCUUGGUAAUAACAUUGUGUUAGUGUAGCACCGGUACGGGGUCCGAUACCGAGACGGCAAACGUUGAUUGCAUGCUUGUAAUACUUCAUAUGUAGGUUUCUUACUGCUGAACAAACCAACGAUUGGUUUGUCAGCUUCUGUGUCAUUAUGCUGUUCCUAAGUUUAUAUGUUGUGCAAUUGAUAGUUGAAUUUUUGGCCAUAGUUUUAAUGGAACGAGGUUUCCUCCUGACAGGAAAGGAAUCUUGUAUAUGCUCAUUAUCUAGUUUCCCUCUUUUGAGUUGUUACACUGUUUUAAUGCAUUGAUGCCAAUUGUAUUAGCGUGUCCAGUUUUCAUGCUGGGAUUCAAGUUCUAGGUUACUUUUUGAGUUUACUUUAUCUAAUCUGGAUUGAAAUCAGUUCCUUGAGCUUUUAGACAAGGUGUUGGAUCAGUGGUUGCAUCUCUAGGGUCUUGAAACGUCAGGUUCAAAGAUUGAUAUUACUUUUAGAUGAAGGGUAAGAUUUUGCUUCUCUUAUUUAUGAACGAAGAUAUAUUGAGCCGUGAAAGUAAAGUUGAAAUUUUUAGUUGAGGAAUGCUGCAUGAUUUCUUCCACCUUGACCCUCUCACUCUUCUAUGUUCUAUGUGACUUUUUGUGGUUAUUCUUUAGGUAUAUCUUGCAUCAGUACUUGAAGUAGCCUAUCUCAGCAUUUGAAUAUUUUGCAUGGAAGAGAACCAGUUAGAGUAGCAUCUUGCAUUGGGAUUACAUUCAUUAUUGAUGAUGGUAUUGUGGUUAUGUUUUGGAAGUGGGGCUGCCUCUCUGCCAGGGAGGUGGAUGCAUGGUGGAGCGGCAGGUCUCCUUGCUCCAUGAUGCUUGAAGUGGCAAGGCUCUUUCUCUGAUAGAAUGCAAACUGGAGUGAUAUGUCAAAGAAUAAGACAGUCAUUCUUCUGCCAAUGGAAGAAAAUAGAGUAAUUUCCCCACUUCCUGGUCUCGCAGCUUUGCACCUAAGAGUUCUAUGUUUCUGCUUGCAGAUGGUGGUUUCUUUGCAAUGUUUUACAAUACAUCUGGGCAUGAUGGUCUUGCCUAACAAUUUUGGAUGGUGUGUUCUUUUUCACAGUCACAGGGGGACUUGGUAUGGCCCAAAAAUGUUACUAACUGAGCUUUUUCAAUCAGGUUUCAGAGAUACAUCACAGAUACAAAUGCCUGCAAAGUCUCAGUUUAUAGGAGAAUAUAUUAUGUAUUGUUUUCAUUUGGGGCCUCUUAUUGUUUAAACAGUUGUUAAAUUGCCACCUGUAUAUAGUUUCAUGUCGUCUUUCAUCCUCCCCCUCCCCAAUAUAAUACAUAUUAUGUUUUGAUGCUUUAAGAAAUUCAUUCUGCUGGCCUCUCAUAUGCAAGAUUCUUUGACCUUUAGUAACUAUCAUAUCUUCUUGAUUAUAGCAUUAAACAGAAGCCACUAAUUCAUAUUAUGUAUUUUCUUAGUUGAUUUUUUUUUUGGAAUUACUAAUUCUCUUUCCCAAGGUAAAUGGACUAAUAACUAAACUUACUUCUUACAAUUAAGGUUCAUCAGAAAGUUCUGACAUACGAAUUUGGAAUCCAUACUACUUUACUAAAAAUUCAGCUAUCUUUCUUUGGGUUCUUGGCGAAAUCUCCGUCAAUUGCUUACUAGUGUAGGGGUCAUCCUUCCCAUCCAAUGAUUGAAAUCUUUAUCCUGUGUUCACUUUUCUUUCAAGGCAGUUAUGUUCUGUGAUGGAUAAAUUGUCAAUGCAGAGAAUUCUUAUCUUUCUUUCAGUUCCCCUUAGUUUCUUUAGAAUGGAAACCAUAUUGAAUCUUUUAGGCAUUCACGAUGUCUUUGCUUUUUUUGAAAAUUUUCUCAUACUGUUAUUCUAAUAUUUUCAUAUCAUAAUUACCAUUCAUUUGAACAAGAUCAACUUUUUUCCCUCAUAUAUAAUUUCAUGCUGAAGGUGCUAUAUCUAUUCUGCUGGAUUAACUAUUCACAUGUUUGUUGUUUUUUCUUAUUUAUGCUUCCUCCCACAUGUUACAUGGUUGGAAAGAGGUUGUAUGUUGGCCAUCACAGGCUGCUCCUAUGUUUGCUCUUGCUGUAGUCAUGGCUUCGUUGGUGCCUUCUUUUGUGACCCAAACAGCAGGUGAAGAUAGCCUAUAGUCCCUGUCAGAUGUUGGACUCGGAGUUAUUAAGGGCAACCUCAGGUUUCAGCAUUUGUCAUAUAUGUUAUGUAGAAAAUAGCUAAAUAACACAUUAGGUGAUACAGGGGGAACAAUGCUUGCAUGAAGUGAAAAGGGACCAGUUCUUGCAAAAUGAGAAUCAUCAUAAUUUAUUGAUGCUGAUAUCAGAUGGAAGGCCAAAGGAUUUGGUGAAUUUUUCGCUUGAAGGCUAGCAAGAAUUGUUAUCUCUAUCCUGAUCCUUGAAGCUUCAUUCAAGCUUAUCCAGGUCAAGGCCACUGGAACCCUAAAUCAACGCGAUGCAUGAGCAUGGGAACCAUAUAUAAAUCUGAGACUCAGAUAAUUUUGAUGCAAAGUAGCUUGGCAUAGAUUGUCAGCAUGUUUUUGGUGCAUCAUUCUGGUACAUGCUGCAGAGUAGACUGGUCGGAUGGAGGAAAGAGAAAUAUUGUAGCAUGCCAGGAUGCCAGAGACGAGCAGGAAUGCUAACAUUGGAAAGGAGAGCUGGAUUUAGGAACUUGCCCCCAAGGGUAUUAUGUUCAAUCACUUGUGCUUCUUCAUGGCUCUAUUCAGAUAAUUGAUUCAGCAAACAACCUUACGUUGAACAUAAUUUUUGGCAUUGCCUUGGAUUGAAGAUCUUGUUAUUAUUAGAGAGGCCGCAGGGGAUACCUGUGGGCAAAUGGAUGAAAUUUUUUGGAAGACUUCCCAUGUCUUUAGUGUUGAUUUAUGUGCAAGCCUAUGAAGGAUUGCAAUUGACUGUUUUUAGGUUGCCGGUCGAUAGGCUUGGAAGGAUUUCAGCUACAGGGUUCGAAAAUUCCUGACAGAAGGUGGGUAUCAGAAUAAUCUUCGAAAUAUGCUUGCAAUAAGUUGGAGCAGCUCGAUCCCCAAACCUGGCUUGUGAUUUGUACUGCCAAGUAUGGCGUCUAUGUUAGAGAGAUUGUUAUACAAAAGAACAGUUCUGUUCUCUGUCUUUGUAGAAAUUAGUGGAGAUUGCUGUACACCGGAAAACCCCCAAAAAUCUUAGUGGACUAAGAGAAUCAAAGCAGUCCGUGGAUGCACUUCUUCUUUAGUCAUGUGUCUUUUCUAUGUUGUGCUUUCUGUCGAUGAUGUGAUGAUGUUAUGGGCUGCCGCUCAUCAGUGGUCUUGUUGUGGCCCACCCACCUGCCGUGGCGUGUGGGCGGGCUCCAGCAUUCGCAAUCAAUUUGUUUGGCUGCGUCGGAAAGGAGUAGAGCUUUCGAAUAAUGGAAACCAGAGCAACCGGUAGUGCGACCGAGGAAUUAUAUGGUUCACGUGUUGUAGUAGAGCAGAGCAUAUUGCGUGAAUGGUCCCUGGCUGUUCACCUCCCCUCCCCGCGUGUGAAUUUGUAGCCUUACCUCGCACUAUUCACAGGGGAGGGUCCUCCGCCGGCCACCACCAUGACCGCGGCAUGGCUUCCAGUUUUAUCAUCAUUCAGGAAGGAUAGUUUUUUUUUUUAUCAAGUGGGAACGGGAUAUCUCAGCUGUAGCCUUUAGAUAUGCAAAAGUUCAGAACAGACCUGGUCCAAUUAGAAAUGCUACGAGGUUGGACAUCAUGCAUGUUCUCUAUGAAUGGUUAUUAACCUAAUGCCGGUUACUUAUAUUUUGGUAUGACUUCCAUGGUAGGAGCUAGGCUGGGAUGCGAUGAGGUGCAGAUCUAGCUAGCAGCCGAUCAUCCAGACAAGUUCUUUAUCAUCAGCAUAUUAAUUGGUGAAUUAUGAGAGAUGGAGGAGAACGGGCCCAUCCUCGUGUACCGUCACGCCAGUGGUGAAAUAGAGAGGAGAAAAGAAGACACUCAGCAUUUACCCUCCCUCAUGAGGGCAACCCUCCCCGUUUUUAAAGCCCCACCAACCACCAACCCCCCGUUUUUACUUGGGCCAGCCCACCUCCAGUGCUCCUUCGUGUUGCGCCUCGAUUGAUGGUCGGUUGGCGCGACCCCACCACCCGCACGUCGCGUUACGUGAGGUUGAGGGGGCUACAGGGGAUAACCUCCUCCCCUGCACUCCGCGUCCUUUAUCCUUCAUAUUUUUACUAGAAUUUAUGCAUCAGGCACAGAAGAGAUAUUUACCAAAACCGAGAGAGUAGAGGUCAGGAUAGCGUACUCACACAGUCAGCCGCAGGUUUCGAAAAACCGUUAAGGGCCUUUGCAGAUCUGAUCCCGUACACAUCGUUCAGAGACACUGCAACUCUCUCUCUCUCUCUCUCUACCCGAGAAUUAUAAAAGGCUGCAUCAUCCUCAGUUCCUUUCGUCAUUGAGAACUACCAUCCUUUGGUUCCUCUUCCUCUUCCUCCAUUUAUACCUUCUAGAUCGAUCGCGAGAAACCUCCUCCACUUCACCCCGAUCAAUCACAUAUCGAAAACCCGAAGAAUCCCCCCAGAGAGAGAGAGAGAGAGAGAGAGAGAGAGGAUGGUGGAGAGCAGCAGUCUAGAGCUGCUGUGCGACGAAGAGCCGUUUCUUCUAACUCCCGCGCCUUCUCCGGUGGCAGCUCAACGCGGACAGCGCUACUCGUGUUUCCCUGAAUCUCCUCCGCUAUCCUACAGCAAUAUCACUGAUGAAGAACGCAGCCAAGCCUUCCAGGAUUACAUCCUCAGGGAGCACCAGUAUGGUCCAUGCGUCGGGUACUCGAAGCAACUCCACCACUUCGCUCAUCUAUCAACUGCCCGAACCAAAGCCAUAAGAUACAUCAUCCUGGUUUGCAGCCGACUUGGUCUUGCCACUGGAACAGCAUUUAACGCCGUCAACUAUCUCGACCGCUUCUUCUCCAUGAAUCGUCCCAUGAGAUGGGAAGUUUGGAUGACAGAGCUGCUGUCCGUUGCCUGCCUCUCAAUUGCUUCCAAACUGGACGAGGUCGACGUCCCUUCCCUGCAUCAUCUCCAGACGGAGGAUCUGGACCAUCGGUUCCAGCCGAGCAUAGUCCAGCAGAUGGAACUGACGGUCCUCAAGGCCCUGGACUGGCGUCUCUCCUGCGUCACCCCAUACUCCUACGUCCACUUGCUGACGUGGCGCACCCACGCCUCCCAAUCCGCUCGCGUCACCCACCUCCUCCUCCGCGCCCUAUUAGAUACCACGUUCGUGGAUUUCGCUGCGUCCACCGUCGCUGUAUCAGCGAUGAGGUGCGUCGUGCAGACCGAUGCUCAUCUCUCGACCCUCAGCCGUCUGAUUCCGGUCGAACGCAUGGAUGACGUGGACAGCUGUCAUAAGAUCAUGGGCCGACGCAUCAUGGGCCCACAAAACAAGAACGAUGGCCCGUGGAGCCCGGUGUCCGUCAUUCCCAUGCGCUAGCCUGCAACGCAGAGCCUCCUUGGUUCUUUUCCGGCUGUGCCUCGGAGGCAGCUCCAAGCUCCAAACAAGCCAAAGAUCGAACGGCUAAGAGGAUAUCAUCAUCGACAGCCGCACGCGAUGCACCACUGCGUUGGAUGCACUCGCUGUAUGUGAUUGUAGCGUAUGAUCAUCCAAGGUAAUCAUAGAUUGGAUGCAAUGCUACCGUAACACGAAAUGUUUCAUGCCAAAAAGUUGAAGACUCCUGAUAUGCACCCUCCCACUUCUCCCUGAUACCCGAUCCAAGGAGCAGCAGAAGAGUCAUGCAUCAGCUGUCUGAACUUUUUGUGUGACAUUUCUGCGUUAUUAAGAGCAUUUAUUUUUAUUCAAAAGUAAUUCUUUGUACAUUUUGUGGGCUUAUGUAUCCUUCUUCUUCAUUAUUCGGAGUAAUGUAUUCUUCUUCUUAAGCAUAUAUAUAAAAAUAUAUGCAUUUUAUUUCAUCGAGUAAUAUGAUUAAUGUGCUUUCGAUCACUUAUUGAUCAAUGAACUUGUCAUAACUAAUUAGAAAUUGAUAGCGAAAAAGCAGCGUAAAAGGACUGCGGCAGAAUUUUUUUCAUAUAAAUGAUCGUUAGUUGUCAGUUUCUUUAAUAUAUAAAGGAAUCAAGAGAGCACUGUCAUAAAUUGUGGGACAAUUAAUGAUGGAAUACGGCUAUUAUGCACGAGG